AAGUGUUUUCACGUCAAGUCGCUGACUUAGAAUUUUUUACAGAAGUCCAAACAUGUCUGCCUCCAUGGUGCGAGCGACCGUCAGGGCGGUCAGCAAAAGAAAGAUUUUAGCCACAAGAGCAGCAUUAACACUGACUCCGUCUGCUGUGAACAGGAUCAGACUGUUGCUGCAGGAUAAGCCAGAGUUUAUCGGUAUGAAGGUGGGGGUGAGGACGCGAGGCUGUAACGGCCUGACCUACACCCUGGACUACACCAAGGCGAAGGACAAGGCUGACGAGGAGGUCUUGCAGGACGGCGUGAGGGUGUUCAUCGAGAAGAAAGCCCAGCUGACUCUGCUGGGGACAGAAAUGGACUAUGUAGAAACUAAACUCUCAAAUGAGUUUGUCUUCAACAACCCCAACAUCAAGGGAACGUGUGGCUGUGGAGAGAGUUUCAACAUCUGAACAUCACAGGGCCUCCUGACACACAUACAGGGCACCCCACACACACACACACUAUUUUAUUCCCUUUACAUGUGCACACGCACAUGCACACACUAUUUUAGUCCCCUUACCUAGACACACACACACUAUUUUAGUCCUUUCAUCAGGAGGCCCACGAAUUAAAAUAAAACGCGAGAGUGAAGAAGUCUGGUAAUACGGAAUUCUUUGGGACGUUGCCAUGCCGAUGCUGCUACGACGACGACUGCUGCCCUCCGACAAGUCACACGCACGCCCUCCCGACACGCCUGGAUGACCGGGGGGGGACUGUCACACUCCACAAGCCCCUCCCUCUCUCCCUACACAGCUAGCACGCAAAAACCCUGCAAAGAAGCUCACUUCCUCUUCCUGCAUGUCACUUCCUGCGGUCAGUGGUAGAAGUCCGUUAACAGACACUCGCUACACUUAGAUGCUCUCGGUCUCAGGCUUACCCUCUGUGGGCCUUUGGGGGGGGGGGGGGGAAGGGGGAGGGAAGGGGGAGGGGGAGUGGGCGACAACAACAACCAGGAUGACCUCUGUAGUGCUGUCACAGGAAGUAUAAACAGUAGUUGUCUCCGAAUGUAGUUUGUGUCCGAAGUCCUUUCACUUGAGGCUCUUAACAGAUUACAAGUUUGAUCAUGUAACUAAAUCAUGGUGUUCAGCCGUGAACCCUUCAAGUCCUCCUUUUCCAUGCUACUUAGCCCAACAGCUUGGGCAACAAUCUUGGUGGAGAAUUCCUCCACGCUGGUCUAAAAGGCCGCUCAGUAGCCUACAACCUGCCCAGAGUCAGUUACCAUCCAUCCAGUGACAGGACUGCCCUCCACUUCCUGAAUCAGCAGAGGAAGUGAUGCAAAUACAAAGAAAACUGAUAUUUACAGUUUUGCCGUUUGGUUGUUUGAAAUGGAGUAUAUUAUAUAUGUAAGUAUAUUUAUAUAAUGAAUGUCCCAACUCCCUUAAACCGCAUUUAACGCACAAAAAAAAUGUAUUUCUCAACUACUUUUCAGUCAGCCAUUUUUGUUUUUGUUCUGGAUUCUUCUUGCAGCAUUUUGCGUUAGAAAUGAAUCUGACAGGUGAAAGUGCACCCUGUAAAAUAUUUACAUCCAUAAUUAUGUCGGAAUUUAACAUUUCAAAUCCAAGGUUUUCGGAGUACAGAGCCAAAACAAACUAAUCCCUUACAGGAAUGAUGACGCUGUAUAUGAGGUUUGUGUUUUUAUUUUAUUUUGCUCAAACCAGAACAAGUGUAUGUAUAAACUGUGUGCUGUUAAUACUUCAGAUUUCUAACCAGUGUAAUGUAUUUGUACAGUUGGUGUGGAACAUAUAGAAUAAAUGGAUUUUAAAAAGAAA